AAGUUUCGCGCGAAAACGACGUCACCCACAAUUUCGCGCCAGACCUGCAACACUCGGAACUGCUCACACGAAGAGAUAUAAAGAUGUCUUCUCCAGCUUCAACUCCCCGUGGCCGCAAACGUGGAAGAAACACCAACCCGGCCACACCGAGUAGUGAGGGCCCCACCUCCCCUCCCUCUCGAAGGGGCAGAGGCCUGGACUCCUCCACCGGGGACCUGAUGCAGAUGCCCACCUCCCCCCCCACGGACAUGCUCAGUCCUGCAGCACCACAGGACACCUCUCUGCUCUCCAGCCCCCGACCAUCAGUCCCACCAAAUGAAGUGGACAUGAGCUCCCCUCUGAUGUACGGGACCCCCAGCUCCAGGGUUGAAGGGACGCCCCGGAGCGGCGUGCGUGGCACACCAGCCAGACAGCGCCCUGAUCUGGGCUCAGUGAGGAAGGCUCCCCAGGUCGAUCUUCAUUCUGAGCCGCCGAGCACAGAUGGCGCAGCAGUCAGCGAGCCAAACGCUGGCCAGAGACUGGUGAUCUGGGGGACCGACGUCAACGUUGGCAUCUGCAAGGAGAAGUUCCAGAGGUUUCUGCAGAGAUUCAUUGAUCCGACCUCCACUGAGGACGAGAACGCGGGUCUGGACCUGAAUGAGCCUUUAUACAUGCAGAAGCUGGAAGAGAUCAGCGUUGUUGGAGAUCCUGUUCUGAACGUGAACUGUCGCCACGUUCAGUCCUUUGAUGCUGAACUGUACAGGCAGCUCAUCUGCUACCCACAGGAAGUCAUCCCUACUUUCGACAUGGCAGUCAAUGAGCUUUUCUUUGAGCGCUUCCCUGAUUCAAUCCUUGAAUACCAGAUCCAAGUUCGCCCCUACAACGCCCUAAAAACCAGAAACAUGAGGAGCCUGAACCCAGAAGACAUUGAUCAGCUGAUCACCAUUAGCGGCAUGGUGAUCCGCACUUCACAGCUCAUCCCUGAGAUGCAGGAGGCUUUCUUCCAGUGCCAGGUGUGCGCCUUCACCACCCGCGUGGAGGUGGAUCGCGGCCGCAUCGGCGAGCCAGGCGUGUGUCGCCACUGCAACACCACCCACAGCAUGGCACUCAUUCACAACCGCUCCGUCUUCUCAGACAAGCAGAUGAUCAAAAUCCAAGAGUCACCUGAAGAUAUGCCAGCUGGACAGACGCCUCACACGACUAUUGUGUACGCUCAUAACGAUCUGGUGGAUAAAGUGCAGCCAGGAGACAGAAUUAACAUCACUGGAAUCUACCGAGCAGUCCCCAUGCGCGUCAAUCCACGCCAAAACAAUGUGAAGUCCGUCUACAAGACCCACAUAGAUGUCAUCCACUUCCGUAAGACGGACGAAAAGCGCCUGCACGGCUUGGACGAGGAAUCUGAGCAGAAGCUCUUCACCGAAGACCGCGUGCAGACUCUGAAGGAGCUGGCAGCCAAGCCAGACGUCUACGAACGCCUGUCCUCUGCCCUCGCGCCGAGUAUCUACGAACACGAAGACAUUAAGAAGGGUAUCCUGCUGCAGCUGUUCGGCGGCACUCGUAAGGACUUCAGUCAGACCGGCCGGGGAAACUUCCGUGCAGAGGUGAACAUCCUCCUCUGCGGAGACCCCGGCACCAGCAAGUCUCAGCUGCUGCAGUACGUCUUCAACCUGGUGCCCCGCGGCCAGUACACCUCAGGGAAGGGCUCCAGCGCCGUGGGCCUCACCGCCUACGUCAUGAAGGACCCCGAGACCAAGCAGCUGGUCCUGCAGACCGGCGCGCUGGUGCUCAGUGACAACGGCAUCUGCUGCAUUGACGAAUUUGACAAGAUGAGCGACAGCACGCGCUCUGUGCUGCACGAGGUUAUGGAGCAGCAGACCCUCUCCAUCGCCAAGGCUGGGAUCAUUUGUCAGCUGAACGCCCGUACGGCCGUCCUGGCAGCUGCAAACCCCGUUGAAUCUCAGUGGAACCCCAAAAAGACCACGAUUGAGAACAUCCAGCUUCCUCACACGCUGCUGUCCAGAUUCGACCUCAUCUUCCUCAUGCUGGAUCCCCAGGAUGAGGCGUAUGACCGAAGGCUGGCCCACCACCUGGUGUCCCUGUACUACCAGAGCGAGGAGCAGAUGGAGGAAGAGUUCCUGGACAUGGCCGUACUGAAGGAUUACAUUGCGUAUGCGCGGACGUACAUUACUCCCAGACUGAACGAGGAAGCUAGCCAGGCCCUCAUCGAGGCCUAUGUUGACAUGAGAAAGAUCGGCAGUGGUCGCGGGAUGGUGUCGGCCUACCCCAGACAGCUGGAGUCUCUGAUCCGCCUGUCCGAGGCUCACGCCAAGGUGCGCUUCUCCGAGAAGGUGGAGACCAUCGACGUGGAGGAGGCCAAGCGGCUGCACAGAGAGGCUCUCAAACAGUCGGCCACGGACCCCAGGACAGGAUUCGUAGACAUCUCUAUUCUGACGACAGGUAUGAGUGCCACGGCCCGCAAACGCAGGGAGGAAAUUGCCCAAGCCCUGAAGAAAGUGAUCCAGGCCAAAGGAAAGACGCCAGCGAUGAAAUACCAGCAGCUUCUCGAUGACCUGAGAGGACAGUCUGAAACUGCGAUCACUAAGGAGCUGUUUGACGAGGCGCUGCGAGCCCUGGCUGAUGAGGACUUCCUGACUGUUACCGGAAAGACCGUUCGUCUGCUUGCUUGAGGAACAAAUGUUCAUUUAUGUACAGUCCUUAUUUUCAAAAUCCUAUCUGUCAGUUUUCUUCUUUUUUUUCAGGCUGUAAAAAGUUUUUGUUUUUUUUAUAUAUAAAUAUAAACGAACCUGCAUAUGUUUUCUGAGCAUGUUAUCCUCUGGUGUAAAAACCCAAAUUAAAUUUGCCAAAUGACUUAGUGAGAGUUGGUGUACCAUUGCAAUUUAAAGAGAAAAAUGAUAAGAACAAAACAAAACAAAAUACAUGUGACCAUUUUUGUUCUUUGUUUUCCCUCUUCAGUUUUGAAGCCAUACUGCUCUUGUGGUUCUAUUGUGCAUUGUGGGUCUUUUGUAUUGAGUUUGUGUCUACUAUUGUAACACGCGGGUUGAUGCAGUGUAGCGUGCAUAGACUGCAUGUUAAGAGAGAAUGAAUAAAUAAAUAAAUGUUGCUCUUUGAAA